CUUAACUCCGCCACCUUGAGCCAAUGUCUAACCUCACACCGAUAUCUAUCGAAUCGUCACCUAUUUCGCACGAAGAGACAUAUGUACAUGCAAUAUACGAGGAGAUAGCUUCCCAUUUCUCUCAGACUCGUUACAAACCUUGGCCACUGAUUGCCAAAUUUCUUGCCUCUAUUGAGGCUGGCUCCAUCGGACUCGAUUCUGGGACAGGUAAUGGAAAAUAUCUCCCACUGGAUCAGGGAGGAAGGGUUUGUAUCGUCGGGAUGGAUCGCAGCAAGAGCCUGCUGCAAUUCGCCCAGAGGGCUGGUAACAAAUACCGAGAUGUGGUUUGGGGCGAUGCCCUCGGUCUCGGUUGGAGAAGAGGAUCAUUCGAUUUCGCAAUCUCUAUCGCAACCAUACAUCACUUUUCCACUGAGGAAAGGCGAUGUGAAGCGAUUGUGGCUUUGAUAUUUGCUCUGAAGCCCAAUGGAGGACGUCUUCUCACCUAUGUAUGGGCUGUUGAACAAGAUCAGCUAUCGAAGCGUGUGGUGCCUAUUUCGGACCCUGAUAAUACCAGGGGACAAGACGUCCUAGUCCCUUGGGUCUUGGCCACCUCGGAGGGAAGUGUGCCUUCACCUUCUCCUACGAAAGAACAGCCUUUCCGAACAAAGAUAUUACAUAUGUUCGCAUCCUCCGAACUGCGGCAACUUGUUUGUCGCGCCGCUUCUCGACUCAAUUUGCAAGUUGGAACGCCUCCUGUUCCUUCUGAAAAUUUCAAAUCAGCCAAGGGAUUGGAGAUUGUACAAGAGGGUUGGGAACGCUCCAACUACUAUCUCGAGGCGCGUCUUUGGCAGUCGUAA